AUGGAAUCAGAUCUUCAACAGCAUCAUCAUAAACCCCAGCAGCAUAUGAACUCUAGCUUGAUGCGGUACCGAUCAGCUCCUAGCUCAUAUUUCGCAAAUAUUUUGGACUCAGAUUUUUGUGAACCAUUGUUCAAUCGGCCUUCUAGCCCUGAAACUGAACGAAUUUUCGCCCGGUUUUUGACUGGUGAAGGUGGUGGUAAUGGUGGUGGGGGAGGAGGAGGAACAGAAGAAACUGCAUCACAUCACAAAGUGACAACACAGACCAAUAACCAGCAAACACAGUUUAUGGUGCCUAAGGUGGAUAAUGAAGCAGGAGUGAUUCAACAGCAGCAGACCCAUUUGAACAACUAUUCUUCUGUUUCUCAGGGCUUUUACCAAAGUCCAUCUUCAAAACCACCUUUGCCAAAUCAGAGUUUGAAUUCAGCUAAUGAAGGAGCUUAUUCAAUGGGGACAAGUCAGUUGCCUUCAGUGAAAACUGGUGGUGUCACUAAUUCGAAUCUUAUUCGGCAUAGUAGCUCGCCUGCUGGACUUUUCUCCCAUAUGAAUAUUGAUGUGGCAGGCUAUGCUGCAUUGAGAGGCAUGGGAAACUACGGAGCCAGUAAUAGCACUAAUGAAGAAGCAUCUUUUUCUUCUACAAGCAGGUUGAAAAAUUUCUCUUCAGGGCCACCAUCUACAUCAGGGCUAAUGAGUCCAAUUGCUGAAAUUGGGAACAAAAGAAUGCGAUCAGAUAAUCAAGAUUCUAGAGGUUUUGGUGAUGGCUCGGGAAACAAUUAUGUCACUGGUUUCCCAAUUGAUUCGUGGGAUGACUCUGCAAUGAUGUCUGAUGAUAUUACUCGCUCAACAAGCUUUAGGGAAGAUGAUAUCAAAGCAUUUACUGGUUUAAGCUCAUCAGAAACUCAGGAUGUGGAGGCUGGAAAUCGCCCUCCUACACUUCUGGCUCAUCAUUUGAGCUUGCCAAAAACAUCAGCAGAGAUGGCGGCCAUUGAAAAGUUUAUGCAGUUCCAAGAUUCUGUGCCUUGUAAGAUUCGAGCAAAGCGGGGUUGUGCUACACACCCAAGAAGCAUUGCUGAGAGGGUAAGAAGAACUCGAAUCAGUGAACGGAUGAGGAAACUACAAGAGCUUGUACCCAACAUGGACAAGCAAACAAACACUGCAGACAUGUUAGAUUUGGCUGUUGAGUACAUCAAAGACCUUCAAACCCAAGUCCAGACACUCUCAGACAAUCGUGCUAAGUGUACCUGUUCAAGCAAGCAGCAGUAA